CGUUAGAAGUACCUAAAGCUCCUCUCUCGCUCUCGCUCUCGCUCUCGCCCUCGCUUUGAAGCUCCGAGGAGUGUUUUCUUUUUCUCCCUUGGAAAGAUCCGAGGAUUUGUUCAGACCGCAAUGAUGGGAGAAGAAGCUUUGCCUGCGGUGUCUCCCCUGCGAUCGAUAGAAGCAGCACCGAAAGCAGUGGAAGAGAAAUCCAAACCCCUUCAAGAAGUUCAAGAUCAAACCUUACUAGCCCACUCUGAUUCCAGCGUUUAUCUCCUGGAUGAAGAUCGAGAGCUGAAUCCCCCAACUGUCUCCAAAGAGAUGGAACAAGAAUCAAGCAACACUAUCCAGAUGCUCGAGGAUGAUGAUGCCCUCAUCCCAUCUCCUAUUCUGAAGGGAAUUUCUGUUCCUGAUCUCUCUUCUGCUCUUCAGCUUCUUGGGUCCAAGUACAAUAGACUGAUGAAGAGACAUCAAGAACAGAGUGAUGAACUUGAAAAACUACAGGCUAAUUGUGAAAUGCUAAAGAAUAAGUGCCUGGAAGAGUGCAAGCCUAAAUACGAAAAGUUGAAGCAGAAGUACACAGAAGAGUGCGCUGAAAGGAAGCGCCUAUAUAAUGAACUGAUUGAGCUGAAGGGCAACAUAAGGGUUUUUUGCAGAUGCAGGCCAUUGAGCUCGGAAGAGAUGUCUAAAGGUUAUUCCUCUUUGGUAGAGCUUGACCCAUCACAGGAUACUGAGUUGCAGAUCAUCUGUUCAGACUCCUCCAAGAAGCAGUAUAAAUUUGAUCAUGUUUUUGGACCUAAAGAUGAUCAAGAGACUGUCUUUGCGGAGACCUUGCCAAUUGUGAAAUCAGUACUAGAUGGGUACAAUGUGUGCAUUUUUGCAUAUGGGCAGACAGGUAGUGGAAAGACAUUUACGAUGGAAGGAACAACAGAGAAGAGGGGUGUUAACUACAGAGCUUUGGAGGAAUUGUUUAAGAGUUCCAGGGAAGGAAGCUCCUUAAUCAGAUAUGAAUUUUCUGUGAGCAUGUUGGAGGUCUAUAAUGAGAAGAUCAGAGAUCUUCUGGCAGACAAUACAGAUCAACCUGCGAAGAAGUUGGAGAUAAAGCAAGUGGCAGACGGAAUACAGGAUGUGCCUGGGUUGGUUGAGGCUCAGAUCUGCAGCAUAUAUGAGGUGUGGGAGAUGCUUAAAACUGGAGCAAGGAACAGAUCAGUUGGAUCAACCAAUGCCAACGAGCUCAGUAGCCGUUCUCACUGCUUGGUUAGAGUGACUAUCAAGAGUGAGAAUUUGGUGACUGGGCAGAGGAACAGGAGCCACAUGUGGCUUGUGGAUUUAGCUGGAAGUGAACGUGUUGCAAAGACUGAAGUCGAGGGCGAGAGGUUGAAAGAGUCCCAGUUCAUCAAUAAGUCACUCUCAGCAUUAGGAGAUGUUAUCUCUGCUCUUGCCUCAAAGAACCCCCAUAUUCCAUACAGGAACUCAAAGCUUACGCAUCUGCUCCAAAGCUCUCUAGGAGGAGAUUGCAAGACUCUUAUGUUUGCACAGAUCAGCCCAAGCUCAGCAGAUUUGGGAGAAACACUCUGCUCAUUAAAUUUUGCCAGCCGAGUCCGGGGAGUUGAGCAUGGCCCUGCCCGUAAACAAUCAGAUCCAGCAGAAAGUUUCAAGCUUAAACAGAUGACAGAGAAGCUCCGACAGGAAGAAAAGGAAACAGCAAGAUUAAAUGAAAGCUUGCAGUUGAUGCAGCUCAAAUAUGCAUCACGGGAGCAUGUCUUUAAAACUCUUCAAGAGAAGAUCAGAGAUGCUGAGCAAACAUGCAAGCAUUAUCAACAGAAGGUUAGAGAUCUUGAGAACCAAUUAACUGAUGAAAAGAGAGCCUCCAGAGAUACUGCUAAACUCUCCAAGCCACCACUUGCUCCCAUCAAGGAGAGGCCUCCUUUGAGCAGAAUCACUAACCGCUUGCCACCUUUAGGUCCUCGCAAAAGUAGCACCACAAAAGUUCCCCUGGUACAUGAUAAAGAGAACAUUCUGUCAACAAGUAAAGCCUCUGCUAUUGAUCCAACCAAAAGUAUUAACAAAGCACGAAGGAUAUCAUUGUCCCCCGUCAUCCGUCAUAUACCAGUGCAGACCAAGAGGAGGGCCUCCAUUGCUAUCUUGCCAAAUGAAGCAGAAAGACAACAAGCAUUGCCUGAAACGCAACAGCAUCAGAUAACUGGCACCACUCAUUUAUCUCAGUUGAGAGUCCCAAGGAGGAGAUCAGUGGCAACAUUUACUUCAUUACCUGGAACACCGCAAGCAGCAGGCACGCCAAGGAAAUUUGGAAGCAUUGCAUCCAGCAGCAAGUAUGCAAGUCCACCUCAUGUGCAGGCACUAUGGAAAUCAAAGAUUCCAACCAUUUCUUCUCCUCGACAAAAGCUUCGACUUAUUUCGAGCCCAGCCAAUUUAAGUAGUUUAAGUAGUGCACAACAAUCGGUCAGCAAGUUGUGUUUUAGUGUGCAGAAAAGAGUGAUUCUUGGCUCACCAGCUCAACCGAAGCAUGCCAUGCUUCCAGGAUCACAGAUCUUUAACCAAUCUCUGCGGGAAAAGGAAAUUGUUGGAAGACUGGGGACUGCUCAGAGAGUUCUGUGCAAGAACAGAAGAAGGUCUGUCAUCUAGAGCAUUUCUUUUUACAGGUUGCAUAAGGAUUUUUCUUCUCAAACUGAUACUGUUACCUGAAUCACAAAAGUUAAUGUGUUCCCUUUCGGGAAGUUGUGCAUGAGCUCUUUGGUUGUACAAUAUUUAGAAAAAGCAUUGUAUCCAGUCUCCUUUCGGA